GCGCGGCGGCGGCGCCGGGGCGGGCGCGCGUCCGCGGCGGUGAUGGCGGUGCGUGAACGCGCGGCGGCAGCAAUGGCCGCUCUGGAGCGGCGGGUGCCGAGUCUCGAUGACUUCGCGGGACAGAGCUGGAGCUCGUGGGUGGAGCGGGCCGACCUGCCAGCGGCCGACGGGGCUGAACAGGAGGAGAGUAGCAAAAACAUGAAGAAGUUGGAUGCCAUGACCCUCAUUAAAGAAGACAUGUCCAUCUUCGGGCACUGUCCAGCCCAUGAUGACUUCUAUUUGGUUGUGUGUAACCACUGCAGCCAGGUGGUGAAGCCUCAAGCUUUCCAGAAACAUUGCGAAAGAAGACAUGGGCCCCUCAUCAAGCUUUAUGCCCGGGCCCCACCCCCACCUCCAGCCCCUGCCAGCUCUCAGAAAUGCCAUGUAGUGAAUGGGCAGGGUCCAGCUUGUAGGACCCCAGGUUCCACCAAAACCUCCUCCAGAGAGAAGGGCCAGGGGUCCCGGAGCCGUGGCCACCAGCCUCCUGAGAAGACCCAGAAGGACAACCUCUGCCCAUACCAUCUCUCUACGUGUAGCCUUUUCGUGCCUGUGGUGAAUCUUGAGAAGAUGUCCAGUCUCCCGAAGCCUGAUGGACAUGGAAUCAGGGUGGCCCCACCCUCUGCUUUCCUCAGCCAGCCGGGCAGCCUCCCCAAGGACUCCCCUGGAAAAGUGCCCAUGGCUGCCCCCUCUAAGGAGCCUCCUGGCAGAGACAGCAUCGAGAUAAUUGCCUGUGAGGGCUCCAGUCACCAGGCCAAAGGCAGCCCCCUGGAGAAGGAGCCUAGUGGGGCCAGGGUGCCCCCCAAAACCCACCGGAAGAUGGCUCGGAAGGAGUGCGACCUCAACCGGCAGUGUGGGGUCAUAAAUCCAGAGACCAAAAAGAUCUGUACUCGCCUGCUGACCUGCAAGAUACACUCGGUGCACCAGCGCAGAGAGGUCCAGGGCCGAGCCAAGGACUUUGAUGUGCUAGUGGCAGAGCUGAAGGCCAACUCCCGCAAAGGGGAGUCUCCCAAGGAGAAGAGCCCAGGACGCAAAGAGCCAGCUCUCGAGCGCCCUUCCCAGGAGCUUCCUUCCUCAGUCCAGGCUGUGUCAGCGACAGUUGCGCCCAGCAGCACCUUCUCUGCUCGUGCCAAGCAGACCUACCCAUACUGUGCACUGCCCAGGUCCCGGGCCUCCUCUGAGAGUGAGUUGGAUGAUGAAAGCCCCUGUGGUGGUGAUGGGGACCCAGGCCUGUUCCCUUUCCCUCUGCCCCGGGGUGGGGCCCAGGCCUCCAGCGAGGAGAGUGAGGAGGAGGGGACAUCUGACGACCUCCACCUCCCCCCUGACUGCCAUUAUGCAACCCGGCCCCCGCGGCCACAGGCGUUCUGCACCUUUGGGAGCCGCCUGGUGAGCCCAGGAUGCUAUGUGUUUAGCCGCCGGCUGGACCGGUUCUGCUCUGCACUCAGCUCCAUGCUGGAACGGCACCUCAACUCACACAUGUGGAAGAAGAUCCCACCAGCGGCUGAACCUCCAUCCCACCUUGUUAGCUCCGCCUUAUCUGCUCCCCUGAGCCCAUCCUCUAUGGGCAACUGCCCCCGACUUCCAGGCCCAUCCCCUAGACCUGCCUGUCUAGCCUCCACACCUAAUAAGGACAGCCUUGUUCCCAGCUACCCUGCAGGCUCCCCCAGUGUGGCAGCUGCCUGCAGUCAGGCGGAGUGCAUGGGUGGCAGCCAGGCUAUCACCUCACCACUGCCUGCCAACACACCAUCCCCAUCCUUCAGCAAGCUGCCACCUUCCAAGGCUAGCAAGUCAUCCAAAGGCAAGGACCGGGUGGAGGUGGAGGCUCCUUCUCGAAAACGGAAGUUAUCCCCUGGCCCUACUACUUUCAAACGGACUUGCAUCCUUGAACCCACUGGAAAAGGCAAACCAUCCGGCUGCCGGGGUCUCUCAGCCAAGACUAAAACAGCCCUGGCCAUGAGCCUUAAUGGGACAGUGGGACCAAGAAUGAAGCGGGCAGGGCCCCUGGACUGUCGGGGUUCUCUUCAUCUGCCCUCCACACCUGUCAAGGCUUCUCAACUGGAGAACCGGGGAGCCGCUGGACACCCAGCCAAGGCCCUGCCAACCAACUGUCUCUCUGAGGAUGAAGUAGCCAAGAAGCGGAAAAACCUGGCCACUUACUGCCGGCCAGUGAAGGCCAAGCACUGUCAGGCUGGUGCCCCUAUUGACACAGUCUGCUCUGUGCGCCGCAAGAAGCCAGGCCCAGCUCUGGCCUUUGAGGAGAAGUGCUCUACACUGAAGUCAAAAGCCCAUUAACGAGAAAGUGCCUGCCCUCUGCAACGGAGCCGCCAGCACCUCCUCCCCUCCAGAUCUGGGUCCCAGGCUGCUGCCGCUUUUUAUAACUUUAUAUUAUUUUUUUUAAGAAAAAAACUCUUUAAAAUACCUCAA